AUGGUGGGAGAAUCCACGAGGUGCAAUCAGAACUUUUAUUGCCAAUACCACCAGGACAACGGACAUACCACGGAGAACUGCAGGAACCUCUGGAACUAUCUAGACCAGCUAGUCCGAGAAGGAAAGCUGAAGCACCUUCUGCAUCAUCCCAGUGGUCAUCAAGGCCAGACCCAUCAAGAACCCCAGAGAGAUACUGCCCUAAGGCCACCUGUAGGGACGAUCAAUGUAAUCUUGGCCGCGCCAGGAAGAACAGGCACGCACCUUUCACGAGUGUUAUCUGUGGCUCAGUGGCUUGCCGAGGAGUCCCAGCUAGAGCCAAAGAGGGCCAGAAUGAAUUUUCAUCCAAUCUUGAGUUUUUCAGAAGAAGACAAGAUCGAAACCACCCAGCCCCAUGACGAUGCGCUGUUGAUCACUCUCAGAAUCGGGGACUACGAUGUGAAAAGAGUGAUGGUGGAUGGUGGCAGUGGGGCUGAGGUUAUGUAUCCCGACCUCUACAAGGGGUUGAGGUUAAAACCGGAAGAUUUGACGCCCUAUAACUCUCCUUUGAUGAGCUUCGACAGGAAUCUUGUUAUUCUAAAGGGCAUGAUUAGGCUACCCAUCCAAACCGGCCCAGAGAUAAUGGAGGUGAACUUUAUCUUGGUAAAUACCUACUCUCCCUAUACAGCUAUCGUCGGUAGGCCCUGGCUCCAUACCUUAGGGGCUGUUGCCUCCUCAUUGUAUCAGAAGGUGAAAUUCCCGUCAGGGGACCAGGAUACAGCUACCGAGGAGGCAAAAUGCGAAGAUCUAGAGAAGGUGGUCAUUGGUGGUGACCCAAAGAGGUUCUUUCAGGUAGGGGCUCAGCUGCCUCUUCAGGAGAAGGAGGAGUUGAUUGAGUUUCCCAAAAGAAAUAUUGACGUAUUUGCAUGGGAUGCCUGCGAUGCUCCAGGGAUUGAUCCAGCCUUUAUCUAUCACCAUCUCAAUGUCAACCCCUCCAUCACUCCCAAGAAGCAGGCACCCCGUCGCCCAUCAAGAGAGCACGUCGAUGCGAUUAGGGAUGAAGUGGUGAAGUUUAAGCGUGCAGGGGCUAUCAAAAAGGUUUUUUACCCCGAAUGGCAGGCCAAUACCGUGGUGGUCAAGAAGAAAAGUGGAAAAUGGCGGGUUUGUGUAGACUUCACGGACCUAAACAAAGCAUGUCCGAAAGACCCGUUCCCCAUGCCUCAAAUAGACCAGAUGGUGGAUGCAACAGCGGGCCAUCCUCAGAUGAGCUUCUUAGAUGCCUUUCAAGGCUAUCAUCAAAUACCACUAGCCCUGGAGGAUCAGGAGAAGACAGCCUUCGUGACACCUACUAGGAAUUACCACUACAAGGUAAUGCCGUUCAGUCUGAAGAACGCAGGGUCCACCUAUCAAAGGAUGGUGACAAGAAUGUUCGAGCCGCAGUUGGGCAAGAGCAUCGAAAUCUAUAUUGAUGAUAUGGUGGUGAAGAGUAAAGUGGUGUCCGAGCAUUUAGGAGACCUCGGCAGCACCUUUGAUGUCUUAAGGAAGCACAAGCUGCACCUAAAUGCUUCCAAAUGCUCAUUUGGCGUGGGAUCAGGCAAAUUUUUAGGUUACAUGGUUACUCAUAGGGGAAUUGAGGUUAACCCUGACCAGAUCAAGGCUAUUAAUGAUAUCUAA